UGCCGUUUGCGACAUUAAGACUUCCAGUAUAAGCCUGCCAAACGCCUUGCUGCCAUCCCAUCAUCCGUGCGUUCUCCGAUGAAGUUAACAGCUCUGAUAUUCUUGCGGCCCAUCUUAGUGCUAUGUACAAGUCAUCAAAUCAUAACCCAGAUAACAGAUAGUCCCGGUCUAUACUACGAUAGACUAUCUGACGUCAAAUUUACUAAUGAUAACUGGAAUGUUGUAACUUAUUUAAACACUAAUAACAUACAGUCUCAUCUUGAUAAAGUAGAUCAAUUAUUUGAAAAAGUAAACUCUUUCUGUAAGGACUUCGAGUCCUCCAAAAUCCAGUUCGAUUGCAUGAACGCCAUUUCGUCAUUACAAAGUCAACACGAUAAUAACAUCAAAAAGUUUGCAUCUGUAUCCUAUCUUACUAGUAGUCGACAAAGUAGAUCAAAACGUGGGCUACUCGACUUUGGUGGCUCUGUUCUUAAAACAUUCUUUGGCACUCUAGAUUCCAACGACGGUGUCAAGUUCUCUGAUGCUAUCGACCAAGUACAGUCAGACGAAAAAGCUUUAGCGCAUCUUAUGCGUGAUAAUAUACAUGUGAUAAAAUCUACAAUUUCCACAUUUAAUAAUUCAAUGUUAAAAUUCAGUGAAAACGAGAAACGUCUAAAUAAAAAUCUAGAAAUCAUAAAUUCGGCAUUCGAAUAUAUUAUAAAUUCUAACGAUAAAUUACAAAUAAAAACAAAAUUUAAUUCUUUAUUCCAGUCCUUAGAAAGUAUAAUCAUUGCAUUGUCUUUCGAUAUCGAAGACAUAAACAACGCUAUUUUAUUUAGUAAAAUGAAUAUUUUGCACCCGACUGUACUCAGCCCAUAUCAAUUAUAUGUCGAGUUGGAGAAACAUAUAAAUGACCUACCUAAACAUUGCGAACUUCCUAUAUCAAUAUCUUUACAGAACAUUCACGAAGUUAUCGAUAUUUCUAAACUAGUAUGCUACUAUCAUAAUAAUCGUAUUAUCACUAUAAUUAAGAUACCCCUCGUGUUACCUCAAGUCUAUAAUCUUUACCAUAUUGUUCCUAUGCCAGUUCCUUAUGACUUAACAAAACCAGACACUUAUGCACUUAUAGCACCAAACAAGCCAUACAUGGCAUUAACAACAGAUCGUAUGCUUUACUCACUGUUAGAUGACUUAGACAAGUGCAAAUUCGCCUUUUAG